AUGCAGGGGCAUCGACGGCUGGUCGAGUUGGAACAGGUCACCAAAUCUCCGAAGAUGCAGCGGGUCGAACAUCUGCAUUCCCAGGCGGCAGCUGGAGAGUGCACUGGGCUCUUACGUGAUGAUCUGGAGUGGACUCGCCAACACCAUCCCGCUGACAGAAGAAGACUAGAUGAGAAAACAAAUCAGCUCGAGACAAUUGCCGUGCCUCCAGCAUCAGAAACCGCGACUAUUGAAGAAUCAUUAUCUCAGCCCUCUGAUAUGCUGUUAGAGAUAGAUGCUAGACCACCAGCAGCCUCAGUGGUAUCUCUCGCAGAAUGGCCUGAGGAGGCCUCUAAUGAGAAGUUGGAUAGAGAUGAUGAGCCACCAGCAGACUCAGUAGAAACUAUGGCAGAAUGGCCUGAGGAGCCCUCCAAUGAGAAGUUGGAUAGAGAUGAUGAGCCACCAGCAGACUCAGUAGAAACUAUGGCAGAAUGGCCUGAGGAGGCCUCCAAUGAGAAGUUGGAUAGAGAUGAUGAGCCACCAGCAGACUCAGUAGAAACUAUGGCAGAAUGGCCUGAGGAGGCCUCUAAUGAGAAGUUGGAUAGAGAUGAUGAGCCACCAGCAGACUCAGUAGAAACUAUGGCAGAAUGGCCUGAGGAGGCCUCUAAUGAGAAGUUGGAUAGAGAUGAUGAGCCACCAGCAGAGUCAGUAGAAACUAUGGCAGAAUGGCCUGAGGAGGCCACUAAUGAGAAGUUGGAUAGAGAUGAUGAGCCACCAGCAGACUCAGUAGAAACUAUGGCAGAAUGGCCUGAGGAGGCCUCUAAUGAGAAGUUGGAUAGAGAUGAUGAGCCACCAGCAGACUCAGUAGAAACUAUGGCAGAAUGGCCUGAGGAGGCCUCCAAUGAGAAGUUGGAUAGAGAUGAUGAGCCACCAGCAGACUCAGUAGAAACUAUGGCAGAAUGGCCUGAGGAGGCCUCUAAUGAGAAGUUGGAUAGAGAUGAUGAGCCACCAGCAGACUCAGUAGAAACUAUGGCAGAAUGGCCUGAGGAGGCCUCUAAUGAGAAGUUGGAUAGAGAUGAUGAGCCACCAGCAGAGUCAGUAGAAACUAUGGCAGAAUGGCCUGAGGAGGCCACUAAUGAGAAGUUGGAUAGAGAUGAUGAGCCACCAGCAGACUCAGUAGAAACUAUGGCAGAAUGGCCUGAGGAGGCCUCUAAUGAAAAGUUGGAUAGAGAUGAUGAGCCACCAGCAGACUCAGUAGAAACUAUGGCAGAAUGGCCUGAGGAGGCCUCUAAUGAGAAGUUGGAUAGAGAUGAUGAGCCACCAGCAGACUCAGUAGAAACUAUGGCAGAAUGGCCUGAGGAGGCCACUAAUGAGAAGUUGGAUAGAGAUGAUGAGCCACCAGCAGACUCAGUAGAAACUAUGGCAGAAUGGCCUGAGGAGGCCUCUAAUGAGAAGUUGGAUAGAGAUGAUGAGCCACCAGCAGACUCAGUAGAAACUAUGGCAGAAUGGCCUGAGGAGGCCUCUAAUGAGAAGUUGGAUAGAGAUGAUGAGCCACCAGCAGAGUCAGUAGAAACUAUGGCAGAAUGGCCUGAGGAGGCCACUAAUGAGAAGUUGGAUAGAGAUGAUGAGCCACCAGCAGACUCAGUAGAAACUAUGGCAGAAUGGCCUGAGGAGGCCUCUAAUGAAAAGUUGGAUAGAGAUGAUGAGCCACCAGCAGACUCAGUAGAAACUAUGGCAGAAUGGCCUGAGGAGGCCUCUAAUGAGAAGUUUGAUAGAGAUGAUGAGCCACCAGCAGACUCAGUAGAAACUAUGGCAGAAUGGCCUGAGGAGGCCACUAAUGAGAAGUUGGAUAGAGAUGAUGAGCCACCAGCAGACUCAGUAGAAACUAUGGCAGAAUGGCCUGAGGAGGCCUCUAAUGAGAAGUUGGAUAGAGAUGAUGAGCCACCAGCAGACUCAGUAGAAACUAUGGCAGAAUGGCCUGAGGAGGCCUCCAAUGAGAAGUUGGAUAGAGAUGAUGAGCCACCAGCAGACUCAGUAGAAACUAUGGCAGAAUGGCCUGAGGAGGCCUCCAAUGAGAAGUUGGAUAGAGAUGAUGAGCCACCAGCAGACUCAGUAGAAACUAUGGCAGAAUGGCCUGAGGAGGCCUCUAAUGAGAAGUUGGAUAGAGAUGAUGAGCCACCAGCAGACUCAGUAGAAACUAUGGCAGAAUGGCCUGAGGAGGCCUCCAAUGAGAAGUUGGAUAGAGAUGAUGAGCCACCAGCAGACUCAGUAGAAACUAUGGCAGAAUGGCCUGAGGAGGCCUCUAAUGAGAGGUUGGAUAGAGAUGAUGAGCCACCAGAAGACUCAGUAGAAACUAUGGCAGAAUGGCCUGAGGAGGCCUCUAAUGAGAAGUUGGAUAGAGAUGAUGAGCCACCAGCAGACUCAGUAGAAACUAUGGCAGAAUGGCCUGAGGAGGCCUCUAAUGAGAAGUUGGAUAGAGAUGAUGAGCCACCAGCAGACUCAGUAGAAACUAUGGUAGAAUGGCCUGAGGAGGCCUCCAAUGAGAAGUUGGAUAGAGAUGAUGAGCCACCAGCAGACUCAGUAGAAACUAUGGCAGAAUGGCCUGAGGAGGCCACUAAUGAGAAGUUGGAUAGAGAUGAUGAGCCACCAGCAAACUCAGUAGAAACUAUGGUAGAAUGGCCUGAGGAGCCCUCUAAUGAGAAGUUGAAUAGAGAUGAUGAGCCACCAGCAGACUCAGUAGAAACUAUAGUAGAAUGGCCUGAGGAGCCCUCUAAUGAGAAAUGUUUGGAAGCCACCUCUACCUUUGCAGCAUAUUGUCGUUUUAGAGAUUCUCUUAGUUGUGGCCUUAUGAAACUAACGCCCUUAAAAACAGGACCAUUUCCGAUCAAAACAGCCUUUAUCGUUACAGGCCCACCGAAGAAGAGGGCCUUUACUCAACGGAAGGUGUGUCCUAUUAAGGCGGCCUUCAUAGUCACAGGCCCUCCACAGAUAAGGGCAUUUACUCCAAAGAAGGAGCAACCAACAAAACGUAAAUUAAAAAAUGGAAUCUACAACCAUCUUGGGGUUGUCUUCCUCACAUUUUUUCACAAGCGGCAAAAGAGGGACAGCUCCUUGCUGUCGGUGGCGCCCGCGACGCCCGACAGUGGAAUGCGAGCCGGCGAGCGGCAGCAGCAGCACCUGGCAGCCGACGGCGGCCUGCGCAUGCGCACCGGCCGCUGCGGCCCAGCCCGCCUGCGUCACUGCCAGCGUGACGGCCGUAAUUACGGCACGUGCGAAGCGCCGUCCCGCCUCUGCGGCCCGUGUCCUCCGCCUCUGCCCUGGACACAGUGCUACUAG